GAAAGAGCAAUCGAAGAGUACCGACUUUUUGCGUGUGACGUGUGUGUACUGUGUAGAGAGAAGGAGCUCGCCAAGCCAGGCGACUUGCAAUUUGUGGCUAAAGCCUCUUGACACCUACAUAAUAUAGGUGCACUGUGAUUGUAAUCAAGUUAAAUAUUCGUAGUGUAAAACUUGUGUAUGCUCGUCCGCAUGUUUUGGCAUAUUCUGUUAAAUGCUGGCAGGCAGCAUUUCAUCUUACCAAAGAAAAAACGUUCUGCAAUAAUCUGAUGGUUUGCGACAAGUGAUUGCGGCGACUGGCCCUCGGAACGUUGCUAGACUUCUCGAUCUGUUCUCUCAACUCAGCCUCUAAUAGGCGGCUGUUGCCGCUUACUAAGCUGCACCGAAGUGCCAAUCCAUUCAACCAAGUGUUUUAAGUUUUAUGAAUACCUAAUUCCGCUUGCUGAACCAACCUUGUAAUCUUGAACAAACUGACUUUUUCCUCAACAUGGCAUCUCACAAAACUAGUGGUCAAAGUGCCCGCAAAAAGGUCCAAGUAUCAAUGGUGAUAAGAGAUGAAAAAGAAAAGAAACAUCGAGCUGGAGUCAAUUCUCUUCAGUAUGACACAGCUUUACAUAGGCUUUACUCUGCUGGAAGAGACAGCAUAAUUAGGAUAUGGAAUUGUAAAAAUAUGAAAGACCCAUAUAUGGAUUCCAUGGAACAUCACACUGAUUGGGUCAACGAUAUUGUUUUAUGUUGUGGUGGUAAAAAUUUAAUUUCUGCUAGUUCUGAUACAACAGUUAAAGUAUGGAAUGCCCACAAAGGUUUUUGUAUGUCAACAUUAAGAACACACAAAGAUUAUGUUAAGGCAUUGGCAUACGCAAAAGAUAGAGAACAAGUUGCAAGUGCUGGGUUGGAUAAGGCUAUAUUUCUAUGGGAUGUUAAUACUUUAACAGCUCUCACUGCAAGCAAUAACACUGUGACAACUUCUUCUCUCACUGGUAAUAAAGAUUCUAUAUAUAGUUUAGCAAUGAAUCCACCAGGAACUAUUAUUGUAAGUGGUAGCACAGAAAAAGUUCUUAGAAUAUGGGAUCCUCGGACUUGUAGUAAAUUAAUGAAACUAAAGGGUCAUCAAGAUAACAUAAAAGCAUUGGUGUUAAACAGAGAUGGAAGUCAAUGCUUAUCGGCUAGUUCAGAUGGAACUAUCAAACUUUGGUCUCUUGGUCAACAACAAUGUGUCCAAACAUACCGAGUUCAUACUGAAGGAGUUUGGGCUUUAUUGGCAACAGAAAAUUUCAGUCACGUUAUUUCGGGGGGCAGAGACAAGAGAGUUGUUAUGACUGAACUAAGAAAUCCAGAGAAGUUUACUGUUAUUUGUGAAGAAAAAGCUCCAAUUUUAAAAAUGGUCAUGACACAAGAUCAAUCAAGUGUUUGGGUAGCUACUAGUGAUUCUACGAUAAAUAAUUGGAAUAUAAGCUCAAAAGAUUGGCAAGGUGGUGAUUAUAAUGCUGACACAGUUAGUUUGACUGGGAUAAUAACACCUCGAAAUAUUGAGCCAGCUCAAAGGAUUUUCGGAGGUCCAGCAAUAAGGCAUUGCUAUGUACUCAAUGAUAGAAGAUUUGUUUUAACAAAAGAUACUGAAGAAAAUGUAUCGCUUUAUGACGUUUUGAAAGCUUGCAAAGUGGAAGAUUUAGGUCAAGUAGAUUUUGAUGAAGAAGUAAAGAAGCGUAACAAAAUGGUUUAUGUCCCAAAUUGGUUCAAUGUUGAUCUCAAAACUGGGAUGUUAACUAUACAUUUAGGACAAGACGAAAACGAUUGCUUAUCAGCUUGGGUCUCAGCGAAAGAGACUGGCUUAGUAGAAGAUGAUAGUGUGGAUCCCAAAGUAAACUACGGAAAUCUACUCUUACAAGCUUUAUUAGAACAUUGGUGGAGACCUCUCCAUGCAGAUGAUGAAAUCGAUAAUAAUAGCAAUGAUGGGAAUGGUCCAAGACAUACAAGAGGAGGGAAUCCUUACUUUUCUGUGCCUGAUCAUACACCUGUUAUAUUUAGUGAAGUUGGUGGUAGGACACUGUAUAGACUAUUAGUGCGAGAUGCUGCUGGUGAAACUGAAGGAGUUCUGUUGAAUGAAACUGUGCCAUCGUGGGUUCGAGAUAUUGUAGUAGACAAAAAUUUACCGAAAUUCAUUAAGAUUACUUUUCACCUUUUACAACAUUCCAGUUCUGGUGCCAAAAGCUUGAAAAAGGAUCGCCUUGUCGCCAACGAUUUCAUUCAAGUUCGAAAAGUUGCUGAACACGUAUAUGAUAAAGUGUUAGGUGCCGGGAGUGACACGGGAUCUGUUGCGGGUGGUGGGAAUACUGUAUCUGGAGGUUCUCCUGCAGGUGAUAGAGCUAACACAGAUUCUAAUGCUGACAAUUCGUCUUUAGCAGAAGAAAAAGUAGAGCUACUAUGUAAUGAUCAAGUUUUGGAUCCAUCGAUGGAUUUAAGAACGGUCAGACACUUUAUUUGGAAAAGCUCUGCAGAUCUAACGCUUUACUAUCGACCUGUCAAAUAAACAAAGUUAAAGUUUGUAAUUUGUGUUCCUCUUUAGUAUUCACAGCAGCUUCAAAAAUUUUGUCAAAAGAAGCAAAAGGAACCUUUACAGGCUUCUUAUCUGGAGAUUGAAAUUGCCAAAAGAACAGAUCUUUUGUUUUUUUAUUUUAAGGAAACAAAAGUUAGAUUUUCAAAUGAUGAACUAUUUAUGUUUGUACCUAGUACAAGAUCUAUCUUGAAGUAAAACUAAAAUCGAAAAAUAUAUCGUAAAAUAGCUACAAUGUUAAGAAAAUUUUUACUACAAUAUAGAUAACAUUAUCACAGAAUAAAAUGUACUUUUCUUGAUAUGAGCCUAACUUUUACAUAUGUAUUAAAGUUAUUUAUAUUUUUAAGAAUUAAUUUUUUUAAAUGUGUGUAUAUAGAAUCAUUAUCUGUUACCAUAGAAUAUUUGUUGUUGCCUUCCAAAGUCAGCAAAAAUAUGAAUUAAAGCACAAAUUAAAAA